AUGCGCACCAUGGGGGUGGUUCUGCUGCUCCCCCUGGCGGCUGCCAUCUGCACUGCAGCCAGUGUUGAAGCCCGAUCCCGCCGCAGUGUGGACCCGAUGGGGAUGGGAGCUGAAGCCUGCCUGGUGUACAAGGGAGAGUCUUACCGCGGGAACCUCGCCACAACAGUGACGGGGAAAACCUGCCAGCGCUGGGCCAGUCAGGACCCGCACUCCCACAAGUUCCGCCCGGACAAGUACAAGAAGUACGGCCUGGACAAGAACUACUGUCGGAACCCGUCCGGCCACACCGCACCCUGGUGUUACACCACGGACCUCGGCAAGAGAUGGGAUAGCUGCAACGUGCCGGGAUGUAACUGCGCGGUUUACAAAGGGACUCUCUACCGCGGGACCAUCGCCGUGACUAAGUCCGGGAAGUCGUGCCAGCCGUGGGCCAGUCAGACGCCGCACUCGCACAAGUUCAAGCCGGUGAGCUACCAAAACUACGGGCUGGACCAGAACUACUGCCGGAACCCUUCCCGGGCCAGCGGGCCGUGGUGCUAUACCACGGAUCCGGGGGAGCGGUGGGAGUACUGCGACGUGCCGGGAUGUGAGUGUUUGGAAGGGUCGGGAAGCACGUACCGCGGGAAGGUGUCUGUGACGGCGUCGGGCCGGACCUGUCAGCGCUGGGACAGUAGGUCCCCGCACAAGCCGAGCUACAAGCCUCCUGACGGCACGGACCACAACUACUGCCGCAACCCGUCCGGCCACACCACCGCCUGGUGCUACACUACCGACCCGGCCAAGAGGUGGGAGAACUGCGCCAUACCUGGAUGUGAGUGCCGGAUGGGGAACGGGAAGUCGUACCGCGGGACCGUCUCCGUCACGGCGUCCGGCCGGACCUGUCAGCGUUGGGACAGUAGGUCCCCGCACAAGCCGUCCUACAAGCCUCCAGACGGCAAGGACCACAACUACUGCCGCAACCCGUCCGGCCACACCACCGCCUGGUGCUACACUACCGACCCGGCCAAGAGGUGGGAGGACUGCGACGUGCCGGGAUGCGGAGACGGGAUUGGAGCUGCCGAACAGCAGAGCACACAUUUCACGGUGGUGAACAUCAGGAAGACGGCUGCCGAAGCCAAGGCCCACUGCGGAACGCUGGGAGGGCAUCUUGCUGACGUGAAGAGCCGGAGGGUCCACGACUACCUGAUGAAAGGAAGCGGCGGUUGGAAGUGGGCGGAUGGAACUUCCCUGUCGAGCUGCAGCUACCAGAACUGGGCCCCGGGAGAGCCUAACAACAUCGGGAGUGCGCAGUGCGUCCAGAUAUUGGCAUCAAGUUCCCCAACCUACUCAUGGAACACCGACCAGUGCGACAAUAGCCAACGUUUCAUCUGCCAGACAGGCCAGGGAGACCACGAGGCGUGUGGCCGACUGUCAGGACGAGAAAUAGAAGAGGAUGCCGACAUCUCGCGAGAGCUAGAGAUGAGCGUGAGUUGGGAGGAGGAAGGGGAGGAGGAGUUGGAGGAAGAAAUCCGGGAGGCUGAGGAGGAGGCUGGACCGGAAGUGGCGGAGGCUGGACCGGAAGCGGAAGCGGAAGACGCCAUCUUGGACGACAUCGAUGCGGUCCUGGAGGACCUGAGGGAUGUUGUUGAGGAGAAAAUUAUGAUGAUGGAAAAAUGA